CUGUAAACGGAAAACGGCCUACUCAGAAAUUCCCAGCAUCCCAAUCGUGUCCGCCUCCACUCCACUAGAUCACCGACCACCGUGGUCCUGCCCGCCCACAGAGCACACGGUACGCACUGCGCCGCCUAGGCCGAUACCAGAAGCCAUCUCCUGCUCCCCACGUCUCCACUCCGGCGAGAAAUGCGGCGCCCUUCGGUUCAAGAUGGGCUGACGCGGCAGCUCGGAUCGGUGGCAUCGACUCGGCAGUAAGACUGCCCGCGGAUUCGUCGGCGGGAGCCCGCGGAUUUCCAGCUUGUCGUUGUGCAGGCAGGUGGGGAAUUUUUUCUAACCUACUUUGGACUUUGAAGGGAAAACAGAAGAGGGGGUACCUGCUCAGCAGAAAGUGGUCGCAAGUAGGCAAACUGUAAAACAUGGGGAUGUGGCAUCUAUCCUAAGAUGGCCGUCAUCAUCUAAGAGUGAGGAUCAGGAGAAGGGCGUGACAAGAAGAUGCUGAAGAAACUGAUAUCGAAGACCAAGAGCAAGAAGAAGAAGGAGGCUGCCUCUUCUUCCCUCCCCACCUUGGAUCGACUACAUGAGACCCUAGAAAUGCUGGAGAAGAAAGAGCGUUUGCUUCAGAAAAAGUCUUCCGCGGAAAUAGAAAAGGCUAAGGACUAUACAAAGGCAAAGAAUAAGAAUGCUGCAAUUCAGUGUUUAAAGAAAAAGAAGUUGUAUGAGACACAGAUUGAGCAGCUAUCAAAUUUUCAGUUGCGAGUUCAUGAUCAGAUUAUAAUGCUUGAAAAUGCGAAGGCAACAACUGACACUGUUGAUGCUUUGCGCUCUGGGUCAUCUGCUGUCAAAGCUAUUCAACAGUCCCUGAGUAUUGAUGACAUUGAGAAUGCAAUCGAAGAGGCGAACGAGCAUACGGAAAAUAUGAAACAGAUACAGGAUGCACUUGCUACACCAUUCGGUGCUUCGGCUGAAUUCGACGAGGACGAGUUGGAGGCAGAACUGGAAGACCUCGAGGAGGAAGAACUGGACCUGGAGCUGCCUGAACCGCCGCGGGGGACACACGUGGCACCAUCAACGUCGGCUGCGACUUCUCGACCGGCGGCUAGCGAUUUCGCUGAACUGACCAAACUUCAAGCAGAGAUGGCGCUUUAGGGAUCUGCUAUAAAAAUACUGCGCGGCUAGCGAUUUCGCUGAGCUGACCAAACUUCGAGCAAAGUUGGCGCUUUAGGGAUCUGCUGUAAAAAUACUGCGGUUUGGAGGGAAUGCUGUCAUUGAAACCUCAGAGGCUCACUGCCAUCAUUGCGGCGUGCAUGUAAAAUUCAGGCUAUGUUGUAAGAGCAUCCACCCCUGUUAAUUUCCUGCAUGAUGUUUGGCCUC